AUGUUUGGCAGAGCCAGAAACGGUUGGUUAGUGCCGUUCGCGGCUAUAGUGUACACGCUGUUUUUAGUGGUACUACCGCUAUCGGGGGGAUCGAAGUCGUCUAGAGUGCUGGUCAAGGCGACUGAGGAUCCUGAAAACUAUGGUACUGUGAUCGGUAUCGAUUUGGGUACCACGUAUUCGUGUGUCGCGGUCAUGAAGAACGGCAAAACCGAGAUUUUGGCCAAUGAACAAGGUAACAGAAUCACACCCUCGUACGUGGCUUUUACGGAAGACGAAAGACUCAUCGGUGAUGCGGCAAAGAACCAAGUGGCUGCUAAUCCUAAAAACACGAUUUAUGACGUCAAGAGAUUCAUUGGGUUACGUUACAACGACAAGUCCGUACAAAGGGACUUGAAGCAUUUACCCUUUGAGGUGGUUAACAAAGACGGGAAACCGGUCGUCAAGGUCGAGGUUAAGGGCGAAGACAAAUUAUUCACUCCCGAAGAAGUCUCUGCGAUGAUUUUGGGUAAAAUGAAGCAAAUCGCUGAAGAUUAUUUGGGCAAAAAAGUUACUCACGCCGUGGUCACUGUGCCUGCGUACUUCAAUGACGCGCAAAGACAAGCUACCAAAGAUGCCGGUACCAUCGCGGGGCUCAACAUUUUGAGAAUUGUGAACGAACCUACUGCCGCUGCUAUUGCGUACGGUUUGGACAAGACGGAAGACGAGCACCAGAUCAUCGUAUACGACCUGGGUGGUGGUACCUUCGACGUCUCUCUGCUGUCUAUCGAGAACGGUGUGUUCGAAGUGCAAGCUACCGCCGGUGACACCCAUUUGGGUGGUGAAGAUUUUGACAACAAGAUUGUUCGUCAUUUCAUCAAAUUAUUCAAGAAGAAGCAUGGCAUCGAUGUUAGCGACAACAACAAAGCGCUUGCGAAAUUGAAGAGAGAGGCCGAAAAGGCCAAGCGAACUUUGUCGAGUCAAAUGUCUACACGUGUUGAGAUCGACUCGUUCGUGGACGGCAUUGAUUUCAGUGAAACUUUGACCAGAGCCAAAUUCGAAGAAUUAAACUUGGAUUUCUUUAAGAGAACAUUGAAACCGGUCGAAAAAGUCUUGGAAGAUGCUGGUGUCAAGAAAGAAGAUAUUGACGACAUUGUUCUUGUAGGUGGUUCUACUAGAAUUCCAAAAGUUCAGCAACUUUUGGAAACUUUUUUCAACGGUAAGAAGGCUUCCAAGGGCAUCAACCCUGACGAAGCUGUUGCUUUUGGUGCAGCUGUUCAAGCAGGUGUUUUGUCUGGCGAGGAAGGUGCGGAAGAUCUAGUCUUGCUGGACGUCAACGCCUUGACCCUAGGUAUUGAAACCACAGGCGGUGUCAUGACCCCAUUGAUCAAGAGAAACACCAACAUCCCCACGAAGAAGUCUCAAAUCUUCUCUACCGCUGUGGACAACCAACAAACUGUCAUGAUCCAAGUUUACGAAGGUGAAAGAACUUUGGCCAAGGACAACAACAGAUUGGGUCAAUUCGAACUCACUGGAAUUCCUUCUGCUCCCAGAGGUGUCCCUCAAAUCGAGGUUACUUUCGGUUUGGAUGCCAACGGUAUUCUAAAGGUUUCUGCCACCGACAAGGGCACGGGCAAAUCUGAAUCCAUUACCAUCACCAACGACAAGGGUCGUUUGACAAAGGACCAAAUCGAGAAAAUGGUCGAAGAUGCUGAAAAGUACGCUUCUGAAGACGCCGAGUUGAGAGACAAGAUCGAAGCGCGUAACCAUUUGGAAAACUACGCGCACUCUUUGAAGAAUUCUGUUACCGCCGAAUUGGCCGACAAAUUGGAAGAGGACGACAAAGAGACGUUAUUGGACGCUGUCAACGACGUGUUCGAAUGGUUGGAAGACAACUCCGACUCGGCUGUCACUGAGGAUUUCAAGGAAAAAUUCGAAUCCUUGUCUCAAGUCGCAUACCCAAUUACUUCUAAACUCUACGGAGCUGGCGCCGAGUCCGCUUACGACGCUGACGAGGAUGAAGACGAUGAAGAUGACUACUUCGAUCACGACGAGUUGUAA